AUGAUCGGUCUGAGGCGUGAUCAGCAGCUCAUGCCAGGGUCCUUUGGGCCUGAAGACUACAUUGACUUCUACGACAACCCUUUUGAAACACUUGAUGAGAUUCAAACUGCUUGGAAGGACCGCGAGCCGCCUGUUUCCUGGUCGGCAAAGAACCUCUCAGAGAUCGACGUCGCUGAUAUCGAUUGGCAUAAAUACGACCCUCCAGCUGCACUCAGAAAGGCCCCCAAUAUCACAUCUCAAGUUCUGCUUGAUAUUCUUUGGACGUCACUCGAGAAUGUCAAGGCUAGUAACCUCGAGGAAGAUCGCCAAAAGCAAGAAGCUGAGGAGCAACGGAGGCUGGCCGAGGAAGACAAGGGCAAGGGCAAGGAGCCAUAUCUGCCCAUCAUUAUUCCAGCCGACACUUCUGCUCAACCGGUUACUACUCCACUGGUCUCUAUCAUAUGUCAAGUCGGCACACCUGUAACCACAAACACACCCGAAGCCAUCACGAAAGCAAAGGCCAACAAGAAGCGUCUGUUUGCGCUCCGUCGAUUAUUCCAACGGAGGCAUGAGAAGGGUGAAAGCAGUGCCACUGGGGCAGCUCUCGGGGCAUUACGAGAGCAGGUUGAGUCGCCAGGGCCAUUCUCUAGUCGAUUCGGUCGCUUAAAAAAGCCGAACCCUGAGGAAGAGGUCGAGUGCGUGUCCUGCCUCGAUGACUUCCACCCCAAGGACGUCAUCAGGGUAACAUGUCACAGCUACUGCCAUGAUUGUUUUGUCCGGCUCAUUACUGCUGCGUGUCAAAAUGAGCAGCAAUGGCCUCCAAAGUGCUGCUUAAACGAGAUCCCUUUCAAGACGAUCCUGCGGUUCAUCCCGACCGACCUCAAGAAGACAUUUGACGACCGAUCCAAGGAGUGGGAGAUCCCCGUCAGCGAACGUGUUUACUGCAGCAGCCCAAGCUGCAGCCUCUGGAUCAGUCCCAAGCGCAUCGAUGCCAGUAGACGCCAAGGAGUCUGCGAUAAUUCUCAUGUGACAUGCACGAUAUGCCGUGCUCCCGCUCACGGAGGAGAGGAAUGCCCGCAGGACAAUGACAUGAACCUUACCAAUCUCUUGGCUGAAGAGGAAGGAUGGAAAAGAUGCUUCAACUGCAACGCCCUGGUAGAGCACAGGGAGGCUUGCCAACACAUGACUUGCCGAUGCGGUACUCAAUUCUGCUAUGUCUGUUGCCGGCGAUGGCGGACAUGCGGCUGCACGAUGGAGCAGCUCACUGCACACAAGGACGGUGCAGCAGCUCGACGUGCUGAGAGAAGAGCCAAAGAAGUGGCUGAAGCCGAAGAGUUGCGCCAAAUUCUACUUCAGAUUGAGGAGUUUGAACGAGAAGAAGCCCUCAAGGCAGAACUACUGCGUCAGGAGCAGGAGAGGCUGGAAGAAGAGCGUCGGCAACGCGAACUUGAGGAAAGAGUCCGGCAAGAGAGUAUCCGCCGCAGGGAUAUUGAAAUCAAGUAUCAAGAGUUGCGUGUUUUACUUAACGAUUUGCACGAUUUGCAGCAAGUGUUGGUUGAUGUCGAUCAAGAAAAGGAGGCUGAGGAGUUGGUCAUCGAAACCAGGGCUGCAAAGGAAGAGCUCUCAAAGAAGCACGAAACCGAGAGGUCUGAUUUGGAGUCCCUCAUGAGGACAAAGAUAGCUGAGAAGGAGUACACGCUUAACAAGGACUUUCAGAUCCGAGCAGCCGAGGAGAGCAAGAUCGAGGAGGCCUACCACGAGCGACUUCAAGAAUACUGGAAGGACAAGAAGGACGGAGAACAGGAGAUCGAGGCUUCCAUGCUAGCCCUGAAGAAGCGCAUGGACCAGAAGCACCACUCGUGGCAGAAGUGGAAAGCUGGGGAGCUGAAGAAGUAUGAAGCUUCACUCGAGGAUAAUAGGACAUUCCGCGAGGAGCUCAUGUACAGUGCCAAGCACAGAUUGAGCGAUUCUUACAAAGAGAAGGAGGCGGAGAUGAUGAGACGGAUGGCAGCUGAGAAGAAGUGGCUCGAGGUUGUGAUUUUGGAAAGGGAGAGGUUGCUGGGUGAGUGGGAGGUUCAGGAGGUUGAAGGAGACGCAGAUAGCCUGUUCGGGAGAGAGUCUGAGGAGUUUGUGGAUGCCCGUGAGGCUUUGGGCACAGCUUCCCCCCUCAAGAUAUUCGAUGUCACUCGGAAACAGGACCGUUUUCUAUAUGCUCUUGCGCCUAUGGUGCGGUACGGAAAGCUCGCCUUCAGACAGACAGUUCACAAGUAUGGCGUCGACCUCUGCUGGACUCCCAUGGUUCUGGCCAAGGAGUUCAAUCGUAAUAGCUUUGCUCGAGAUAGCGACUUGACCAUCUCCAGCAAACCCAACCAGCCUGCAACCAUUGUGCAGUUCGGAGCCAACGUCCCCCUCGAGCUAGCUCGAGCAUCUGCCCUCGUUGCGCCCGACGUUCAGGGCGUCGACCUCAACUGCGGGUGUCCACAGUCCUGGGCCUGCGCUGAGAAGUUGGGCGCCGCCCUGAUGAACCAUCGCGAGUUGGUCCGCGACAUGGUUGUCGAGACUCGACAGCGCCUGGCCAGUGACGGAUGGGGUGUUGGCCUCGAGGCCGAUAUGGAAAACUCCAAGGGCCGGAGCGUGAGUGUCAAGAUUAGGAUACAUAAGGAUCUGAGGCAGACCAUGGACUUCCUCGACACCGUGAUAGGACAUCCUCAGAACCGCCUAGUUGACUGGGUUACUAUCCACCCAAGGACAAGAUCAACGCCAUCCACCGUCCCAAUUAGAACCGAGGCACUCGAGAUCCUGACGGAGAAGUAUGCUGGCACGCUCCCGAUCCUCCUGUCAGGAGACGUCUUUGACCUCAGCACGCUCCCUUUCCAGCCCACAAUCACCACCAACAACGACGCCCCCUUGCCGUCCUUGGACAAGCUGGUCCUCAACGACACCAACUCGGCCGUCAACCUGCCAAAGCCGAGCAACACCCACCUCUCCGGCUUCAUGUCCGCCCGCGGCCUGCUCGCCAACCCAGCCAUGUUCGCCGGUCACGAGGCCUGCCCCUGGGAGGCCAUCGAGACCUUCAUGUGCAACGUUGCCCGUGCACCACUCCCCUUCAAGCUGGUGCAGCACCACAUCAUCGAGAUGACUGCACCCGGGAUGGGUCCUGACAAGUCAUGUCUCCUGGAUAAAAAGGAGCGUGCAGAGCUCAUGAAGCUGACGAAUACAUGCGAGAUCAUGGACUUUCUCGAUGACAAGAUUGAUGAGAAGACGGGGAGAACUGGUGGCCUCAGACGAGACCUAUGA